CCAUUCAGCCCCAGGGUGUGGGGGGAGCCUGGCUGUUGUGGGGGGGGGGAUAAGCCAGAUUCCUUCCUUUUCCCGACUGCAUUUUUGCAACCUGAGCUAAUCUGAAGUCUUUGUAUCUCCCCCCUCCCCUCCUCUGCACCCACCUGCCGCUGGCUGGGCCUGCCGGGCUGCGGGUCGUGGAUCAGCCUUGCCAGGGACCUGAGUGUAUCCGGCUCCAGCACCGUGCAGGGGGAGUCUGGCUCAGCGCGAAACAGGGCUUGGGAUUUGGGGCUGGGCCACAGCCUGGCUGGGGGAUGACAACCAGGGGGUGGGGGGGCUGAGAUCAGAGCUCACCCUUGCUCCCAUUGCAGCCCGGGGUGACUCUGGAUUGACCUCGGAUGAAGCUGAGAUCAGAACCCAGCCCUGACCCCAAUGUGAACAGGAGUGACUCCAGAUUGACCCCGGAUGGAGCUGAGAUCAGAACCCUGCCCUGACCCCACUGUGAACAGGAGUGACUCCGGAUUGACCCUGCGGGGAAUUGAGAUCAGAAACCGGCCCUGCCCUCAUGGCAGACGGCGGGGGGCGCGUGGGGGAAGGAUCAACGGCGUGGGGACCGGCCAGCCCUCGUCUGUCCGUCCGUCUGCACAGGGGCCUUACAGCGUCAGGUCUUUUGAGCGACUCCCCACUCCACAGCUGCGGAGACCCAAACCUACCCCGAGUCUCUUGUCCCGCACCAACCAGAUGCCUCCAUCAUGAGCAUCGAGCCCCCCAGGGAGGGGGCACCAGCCCUGCGCUGCCCCUGAGCCUCCCCACUGCGAGCCAUGGAGCAGCGGGGCCGGGAGCCCCCCAGGGGUGCGGGGCUCUGGGCUGGGAUCGCACCGAAGGGACACAGCACCUGGUAGGAAUUGCCCAGCGACCGGGGGGGUCAGGACGAGGCGCAGGCGGGUCAUGAAUCGAGCCCAGGGCUGGGUCUGCAGGGAACUGGCCCCCCCAUGCUCCGGGAGACGCUGAUACGGCAGGUCCCCGCGGUGAUGCUCCUUCGGCUCCAGGCUAUGGUCACCUGGUUCCUUUGCGCCCUCCAAGCCGCCCCACUCCGCCUCCCCUUCCCCGCCGGCCCGGACGCCGGGGUCCCCUGGGCCGCGCCGCCCCCUUCCCUGGGCGACUGGGAGCUGUCGUCCCCCCGCGUGGCCCUGGCCAGCCGAGCCCCCGCCGGGCCCCCCCUGCUGCUGCUGCUGGAGGAGGUGCCGGGGGCGCGGGCGGGGCCGGCCAACGGGACGCGGCGGGCCCGGCGGGCCGAGGGGGGGCCGGCGGCCCGCCGGGGCGAGCUCUCGGUGUGCGACAGCGUCAGCAUCUGGGUGACCGGCAAGCGCUCGGCCGUGGACGUCCGGGGCCAGGUGGUGACCGUGCUCCCCGAGGUGCCGACGCUCACCGGGCCGCUCAAGCAGUAUUUCUUCGAGACCAAGUGCAAGCCGGCGGGCGGGACGGCGGGCGGGUGCCGGGGCGUGGACCGGCGCCACUGGCUGUCCGAGUGCAAGGCCAAGCAGUCCUACGUGCGGGCCCUGACGGCCGACGCGGACAAGCGGGUGGGCUGGCGGUGGAUCCGCCUCGACACGGCCUGCGUCUGCACCCUGCUGAACCGCGCCGGGCGGACGUAGCUGGGGGGGGCCCCCGCUCGCGGCUGGAGGGACGGAGCCCCCCCCCCUCCCCCGGCACCCGCCCCGCCGGGCUCUGCUUGGGAACCGGAGCGCCUCCGACACUAACUCAGGCCUGCCGCCGGCCGGCCCCAUGGACGCCGUGGGUCAGCCCCGGGGCUGGGGGACACGCUCAGAGGUCGAGCUGGGGGGCUGGGGGCGCCGUGGGUCAGCCCCGGGGCUGGGGGACACGCUCAGA